AUUCAUUUCAAAUUUUUAAUCACUUUGAAAAUUUAAUUAAAUCAGUAAAGUUAAAAUUUUGAAAUGAUGAAUCGGAAUACAUUAUUGAUAAUUGGAAUAUGUGCAAAUCUUUUAUUGAUAACUAUUGCACUUCCAAUCGAAAACAAAUAUGAUCCUGAUGAAUCAGAAAUUGAUCCUGAAGAAAUUGGUGGCUUUUUCGAAGGUGAUAUGAUGUUAGACGAAGAUCAAUAUGAGGCUAUAAUGAAUCCAAGAGGUCGUAAUAUACAAAUUGGUGAAAAAUAUAGAUGGAAGGAUGCUAUUAUUUAUUAUGAAAUCGAUUCAAUAUUUGAUAAACAUCAAGUGACACUAAUUCAACAAGCUAUUGAUGUUAUUGAAAAGAGCACUGCAUGCAUUCGUUUCUACCCUAAAACAGAAAACACAAAAGAUUAUAUUAAAGUUAUUGGUAAUCCAACCGGUUGUCAUUCUCGUGUUGGUCAUUCUGGAGGAGAACAAACACUUAAUUUAGCACCAAAUACUGUUGGAAAAGGUUGUUUCAAAUUAUAUAAAAUUGUACAUGAAUUUUUACAUGCACUUGGUUUUCAUCAUCAACAAAGUACUUAUAACCGUGAUGAUUUCGUGACAAUAGUUGAGGAGAAUAUUAAAGAUGGCCAUGAACAUAAUUUCAAAAAAUAUAGCAUUUCGAAAGUAACUGAUCUUGGUGUACCAUACGAUUACGAGAGUGUUAUGCAUUAUGGUUCGAAAACAUUUUCAAAGAAUGGUAAACCAACUAUAGUACCACAUGAUUCUAAGGCGAAAAUUGGUCAAAGAGAAAAAUUGAGUCAAAAAGAUAUUGCAAAAUUGAAUUUAAUGUACUGUACGAAAAAAUAAAUGUCAAUUGAUUA